AGCGCCGGGACAUGGCCGCUGCCUGCUCCUGUCUGCGCGCCGCAGCCGGCAUGGCCCUGCCCGCGGCGACGCGCAGCUGAGCAUCGACCUUGCCUUCCCCUUCUCCUCCAGCUCCUCCUCCCGCCGCCGCUCGGACGCUGCUUGGGCCGGGCCGGGGCCGGUAGCGCUGAGGGAGCCCCUUGCUGCCUGGCGGGGGCCGGUGGCGGGUGGGGCUGGGCCGGGGCCGCGUGUGGUGCUGGGGGAAGGGCCCUGCCUGGCGCGGCUGCAUGUUCCUGGCGUGGGGGGCGGCUGCGCUUAGUGCUGGAGCGCUGCACCGAGCCGUGGGGUCUGCGUGUUCGUGUUGUACAUGUGUACAUGUACUUGCGAUCUGGUUCCUUUGAGGGGAUCUAGGGUGGUGCUUUAGAGUUGUAUUUACUGUAGCAUUAGUUGUGGGAUUUGUAAGGGCUGGUUGUACUUCAUUUAUAUCUUGUGGGGUGGUUUUUUUUCGUUUGUAAGUUUGGGGUUUUUUUUUUAUAAGCACGUUUUCAGGCUGGGGAGAGCUGAACUAUUUUUGCUGAACUGUAGUUCCUCCAAGGCUGUCAUUGUUUGCAUUUUGGGAGGGCAUCUGGUGGCCUUGCAGGAAGGUGUGCAGGUUGCGCUGGAGGAAGGCGCUGGGUCGGUUCAGUUUUGACUUCUUUCCAGCAUAGGUUAGGUUUUCUCCGGUGUCUCUGAUGCCAGAACAAGGCCCCAGAAUGAACGGUUUCUCUCUGGGCGAGCUCUGCUGGCUGUUCUGCUGCCCGCCUUGCCCCAGCCGCAUCGCUGCCAAACUGGCCUUCCUGCCCCCGGAGCCCACCUAUACCGUGCUGCAGCCUGAGCAGCAGCAGGAGGCUGGGGCAGCAGCUGGGGCAGGGACCCCGACGGGAUCAGGCACCUGCAGUCUGCACUUGAGCGAGCGGGCGGACUGGCAGUAUUCGCAGCGGGAACUGGAUGCCGUGGAAGUGUUCUUCUCUCGCACGGCUCGAGAUAACAGGCUGGGCUGCAUGUUCGUACGUUGUGCCCCCACUGGCCGGUACACCCUGCUCUUCUCACAUGGUAAUGCUGUGGACCUGGGCCAGAUGUGCAGCUUCUAUAUUGGCCUUGGCUCCCGCAUCAACUGCAACGUCUUCUCUUAUGACUACUCUGGCUAUGGGGUGAGCACCGGCAAGCCCUCUGAGAAAAACCUGUACGCAGACAUUGAUGCAGCCUGGCAGGCCCUCAGGACAAGAGUACCCGUUGCCACAGCAGCAAGGUGCUUCACUUACAAUAUGAGCUGUUUUCAGAAACAAAACAACAUCAAAAGGUAUGGUGUUAGUCCUGAGAACAUUAUUCUGUAUGGUCAGAGUAUUGGUACUGUCCCUACAGUAGACCUGGCAUCUCGGUACGAGUGUGCAGCAGUAAUCCUUCAUUCUCCCUUGAUGUCUGGAUUACGGGUAGCUUUUCCUGACACUAGGAAAACCUAUUGCUUUGAUGCUUUUCCGAGCAUUGACAAGAUAUCUAAAGUAACCUCUCCUGUGUUGGUAAUCCAUGGUACCGAAGAUGAGGUAAUUGAUUUCUCCCACGGCCUGGCCAUGUACGAGCGAUGUCCACGAGCAGUAGAGCCCCUCUGGGUGGAAGGGGCUGGGCAUAAUGACAUAGAGCUUUAUGCACAAUACCUAGAGAGACUAAAACAGUUCAUAUCUCAUGAACUUCCCAACUCCUGAAGAAGCCUACCUGAUUUUACCUCAGUUACUGUGAACAGAAGAAAUUACCUGGUUUUGCACAUGCUUUAACUGGAUAGCUGUAAUAGCUUUAUACUAUGAAGAAAUACCCUGUCGUUAGGGUGUUCUAAUCAAACAUCUGAUGAAAUUUGUCUUUUAUAUCUGGAAAUUAUUCUACUAAUGCACACAAAUAUGGUCAACUACUGUAAUUCCAACAAUUUUUAGCUUCAUUGCCCUGGAGGAAGUGGGAAUACUAGCUGCUUAUGGGGACACUUUUUACCUAGUGCUGUAUUAAUUGAAGAUCAGUUUUCUCUGUCUCACUUCAGAUCGUUUAUAAUUCUGUCCUUACAAAGACUUUUUUCCCCAGUGUUCUCGGUGUGGAGAACACACUGUUACGAGCUACAGCUUGUUCUGAACAAUCAGUCAUGGGUUCAAUCUAAGGGAGUACUUUCUCUGUAAAGUUUCUAGCUGUGGUAUUGUAACUGGAAAGUUAUUGUGAUGAAGUUCCCCCUCCUCCCUUCUAGUGUUCUUUUGUUAACUUACUGAUCUUCCCGAGUAAAUUAUUGAAAUAUACUUUUUCCUGAAAAUAAACAAACUACUAUAUGGGGCUAAACUCUGUAACGACCUCUCCAUUUACCUGUAUAAAUGUAACUGGAAUUAUUCUUAAAGGAGCUAGGGACAAAAAUUGCUUUUGUUUAAAAAUAAAUGUGUAAAUUUACUACUAGAAAACUCAUUUUAAUAUUCAGAUGGUCUGAAUAAUAGCCAUAACAGACAUUUCCUUCUGUAAAGCAUUCCUGUAGACUUUUUAAAAGUACUGUACAUAUUUGAAUUUACAUUGUGCAUAGAUUCUUAAUUGGUAGUUUUAAUUUAAGUCUAGUUACAAUAAACUGCAAAAUUCUGGUUUGUAUAUGGUUGAAUACAUUUUGUUAAAAUAUGUUUUUAUCCCUAUAUUAUUUUGCUAUUAAAGUUUUAUAAAGUUUCCAGGACAAAAAAAAAAAAAAAAAAAAAAAAUUUACACAUUUAUGUUUUGAUGACUUUAUGUAACUAAACUUUCAUUGAGCUGAUCUUUUUAGUUGAGAAGUAAUUUGAUUCUUUGACACUGGAAUCGCACAGAUUAUGCAUCAGAAAUGCAAGACACUUAAAAAUUGUUACACUACUAGCAUAGGUCUAAUUUUUCCAAAUUUAAAGGCCUUAAAUGUACUGUAAGCCUCAGAUUGUUGUAUAAAUUGAUCGCGAUUGAUUGCAGUUUGUGUCCUGUUGCUAGAACGCAACACAGUGAUUGUAAUGGAAUAAAGGAUGCAUGGAUUAGA